AUGGGAUUUUUGAGUGGUGUGCUUGAGGGGGUGAAAAACGAAAAUGAAGUGACAACUUAUGAUAAUUACAUCGAAAGUAGUGAUAAUAAGCUUAAUAAAGUAAUAGAGAAACUAAAUAAACAAAUUGGCUCCGGGCGUACUGGGCUUGUGGAGUCUGUCGACGCGGUGAAGGGGUGGUUGGAGGGGUAUGAUAAGAAAUUGAAUGAAAAAACUAAUAAUGUUAUAAAAGCUCUGAAUGAAAUUAAAGAAAACAUAAGUGAAACUACAAUGCCAAAGCUAAUUGGCAAUUUCUAUACAGUUGAUAAGGCUGUUUCAACGUUCCUUAAGCAUGCUGACGAGAAGGUAAAUUGUCUACAUGGCAACGGGGAGAUCAUUAAGGAAAUAGAUCCGGUGCUUCAAAGUAAGUUAUAUCCUGUCAUAGACUUGGUUGCGCAAGCUUUGAACAAUUUUAAAAAAUCGUUUGAGUUCAAGGAUCUUCAGAGAUUGAACGAGUUGGCGCAAAGUAAGAUGUCGGCCAUUGUUGUUAGAGUUGAAAAAAUUGUCGCGGCAAAAUGUACAUGGCUUCAGGAGUAUUUAAAGAACAGAAUUGGCAGCUUGCAUGGUAAGUUGGAGUUGCUAAAAUUAGUAAAAUUUAAAGAUUUGGAAACGUCCGUAUACAAGAAUCUUGCUGACGCUUACUUCAAGGUGAGUCAUUGGAUCGAUGAGUUUGACGCAAAGUAUAAUAGUGAUAUAAUUGGGCAGGUUACAAGUAUUUUGGAGAGUACAAGAUUGCUUAAGGAAAAUGUUAGACAAGAGAAGGAGAAACUGAAAGCGCAGGUGAAAGCUUUCGGAACACAAAUAACGACACUCAAAGGGCUGGAAAACGAAAUAAAGGGAAAAGUCCCUAAAACGUUGAAUGAGUACGAGAAGAACAUUAAUGUUCAAUGGUUCAUGCAGGACAUCAAAACGCUCAAAGAGAAAAUUGUAAAUGCGAUGAAGACGCAUGUUGCAACCGAAAUUCUUACUAAGAUUCAGAAGUGCGUUAAGACGAUCUCCGGUACGGAAGGAAACAAAGGGCUUACUCAGAUUCUUAGUGGAGUAGAACGCUAUGCUAAAUUUUUCGACGAAAAUGAGAGCGAAGAUAAAAGUACGUUCAAAACAAUAGUGAAGGAGUGGAUUAACGAGAUUCUGAAAGACAAUGGGGGAGUCAGUGGUUUACGAGCUUAUUGGAUGAGCAAUAUUAAAGGGAGAGGUAACUAUGACACAGGGGGGACGGAUUUGAAUACUGCAGUUAUGGAUAGCAUUAAUAGCGAGAUUAGCGACUUGAUUGUCGAAGCCCAAAAAAAAAUUCAUGAAACACGCAGUGAUGAUAAUAGCAUUGACUCGAAUCUCACCGCUGUUCAGAUGUGUAUUGAUAACUUUGUAAGAGGGCUUGCGAAUAAGAUUUCAAAUAGAGUUGGUGCCAUUGUGGCGAAAAUUGAGCAGGAUAAAAGAUUGAAUAUAGGCGAUACCAGAAGGGGAGACAUUUAUAACUCCGAUCUGCAAUCUGCCGUGAAAAGUAUUCUCAUUGCUCUCCGCGCAACAGCCAACCAAGUAGGUGUGGAAAUCGCCGAACUUCUUGAUACAUGGAAUUUGGCCAACGUGGAGGCUUCGCACGGAGUGGCUAAGCAGCUUGAAACCGAGCUCGAAGAAGCGACAAUAGAGGCAUUGUCUUCAGAUGAUGUCCCCCCGGACCCAAUGGGCACCAGUCUAAAACAGGGUGUUAAGAAGAUUGAGACGCAAAUUAGUACUUCAACUGUUACAUCUACUUUCGGUACUCUUCUCCACGAUGCAAUUGAAAAAGGUAUCGGAAAAUUGCAGGAUGCCGCCAAUUUAAUCAUAGGUCACGAUGGUUUAGAAAGUGAAAAUACGCUUGAGGGGAUUAAGACGGCGCUUACGAAGCUUCAAACAAAGCAGCCUGAAUACGACACCCAUGCACCUGGCGGUACUUCCGACCUCCAAAAAAAUGCGGAAUCUUUGUACUCUACCAUCGAAGGGUUUUUGAACACGAAGGUUGGAAAAUCGGAGGGGGACGGUGAACCGAAAGACGGUACUGUCUACAAAGACCUCAAGACUCUGCAAGAAUAUAUCAGGGAAUUGGGUGAAAAAGCUGACGAGGUAAAAAAGAAUGUGUCAGACGUUUUCCAACAACUACAGGAGUGUAUUCAAGAUGCAAAAACCUUGCUUGAGAAAGCUCCGCAAAGGACCCAAAAAAUUAUGACAGAUUUGCGCAAUGAAGUAAAUUUGAACGUUAAGUCGGCGUUCAGAGAAAUUGAAAAAACAGCGCAUACAUUGUACAAGGAGAGAAAAGGAGAAGAACUGCAACAUUUGCAAAAACUAGUUCAAACACAACAUAAUGAGAUUGAGAAAAUAAUUCUUAACGACGGAGCGAAUGGUGUCAAGGGCUUAUUGAGUAAACUUACGACAUCUCUAUCUAGUAAACAAAACGAUUUGAUAUCGAAAUCUAAGCAAGGUAAUGAAUUAGCUGAUUUCGCUGAGGUAGUAAGACAAUGGUUUUACAUGUUGAUAUCGGCGUUACAUUACCAAAAUGAAUUUGCGCCAUACGCAUCUACCAUUUACUCUCCCCUAGAUAUACUGCUAUCGGGUAUGGUUACGUCUAAGCAUUAUGACCAUAUAUUCAGUUCGAAUCUAACUGAGUUCAAAAUGAUGGUAUCUGAUCUCAAAGCGGAAACAUUUUCAGAUGCCCAUAAAGCGGUAAUGUGGCCAGUUAAAAAGGCUUUCGUUUCUUUCAUUAGUCAACUGACGUACGCUUACGUCAAUGCGUAUUCCGGUCAGAUAGUUGACUGGAGCAAGGAAACCAACCCCAAUGGCAGAAAUUGUGCCAAAGCUUUCCUGACGCUCCUGGAGACGCUUAAUGAGGACCUCAAGUACUUGAGGGAUCAGUGCGAUUCGGUAUGGUCGUCGAAACAAAUUCACUCGGUUAGCAGUCUCGGUGGUUAUUUGGAAAGAUGCGGUUAUACCGUAUCCAACGUGGAUAAGCAGGACGGUGAGUUGAGGCGUAGCGACGACAUGAAGGGUAGUAAUAUUAUACAGAAACUUAAGGCUACGCUACAGCACGCUGACAAAAUUCAGACGCAUCUUCAGAAGUGCGAAUCGAAUGAAUUGGUUAAAAAGACUAAAGAGAAGAAACAGGACAACUUCCACAUCUUCGACCUAAUCAAUUGCCUUCAUCACCACCUGGAGACAUACUAUUCCAUCAAUCACAUGGCAAACCUUUGCAUCGAAAAAA